CUUUCUGAUAACUUCCUUUUAAACAGCAAUGUUACAUUUUGUUAUCAUUAGGUAACGAACAGAUGAGGCGUAAUGAGCAGACAAAGUAAAUGAAUGUAACUAAAAUGAGUACCAUCGAGUCAAUAACCACACGGAUUUAUUUCAAUGUUACGCUGAGCAUUAUGGGUAAUGAAGUUUGCGGAACUCCCCGGAAGUGUGUGCAACCGAAGAGGCGCUUCGUUCAGAAACAGUUGUGUUUGUUGGGACGAGUUACUCUGGAACAAGUUAGGGCAAGUACCUUCACCAAAUAGAAGGCAGAAACCUUAAAUGUACUGUGAAAGUAUUGAACCACUGUACGUAUAUGUAGUUAGGUAGCUAAUAGGCUAAAGUUGUAGUUUUUCAAGCUUGUAGUGUAAAAGUCGCCAUAAUGUUCAUUCUUAAGCGCGUGGUGUCCAUUGGAGGCAUCAUUGUCCCUCAAUGCACCUCCCUCUCUGUGAGCAAUUUCUCUACUUGUCAUUGCCUAACAUCCUCAAAGAGACACAGCCCGUACAGCUUAGUGGACAGUGAGCGCUACUCUUCUCUUGUGAAAUCUGUCAUGGCAUCCAGGAUUAGUUCCCAAACACCCGAGACCCUCCAAGCGGAGGACGAGCACAUUUAUGGACCUGUUGUCAAAGCUCAAACGCCCUCCUCAAGAUUAGAGAGGGUACCUAAAACCCUUCAUCCAUUCUUACGCUGCGAAGAGACUCCAGAAACAGAGGAGCCAGAGUCAGGACCUCCAGCCCGGAUUGUGUUAAAACGGGGCCAAGGCAGGUCUAACGUACCGAGUGUGACCCGCAUUCUUCAGCAGACACUUUCCCCAGAGCAGAUCUUCUACCUGGAAAGAUGGAAGAGGAGGAUGAUCGCAGAGCUUGGAGAGGAAGGCUUCAAAGAAUACAGCCAGAAUUUAUUCAGGCAAGGGAAGCUUUUCCAUUCAGCUUUGGAGGACAUUCUGACAGCAGGUGCAACAUGGAAGAACAAAAAUCCUUCAGAGACACAAGAGUAUCCACCUGAGGUACAGGGAUACAUGGAGAGCAUCUCUCACAUACUGGAGGAUGUCAAAGCAGUGAGAGCUAUUGAAAGCACUGUGCAACAUGACACGCUGAACUAUCUGGGAAUUGUGGAUUGUGUUGCUCGCUACAGGGGUGUACUGUGUGUUAUUGACUGGAAGACUUCAGAGAAGCCCAAACCAUUCCUGAGCAACACAUAUGACAACCCUAUUCAGGUGGCAGCCUACGCUGGUGCUUUGAACAACGAUGGCAACUACAAAUACCAGGUUGAAAAUGGACUCAUUGUAGUAGCCUACAAGGAUGGCUCACCUGCCCAUGCUCAUCAGUUGAGCUCAGAGCUGAUGUUGCAGUACUGGAAAACUUGGUUGGUUCGUGUGGAAGAGUUCACAGAACAGAGAUCUGGUCAUGCAUCAAGUGCUUUUUUGGAAAAGAGAUGAGCUGUGUGAAGAGAGAUCUGGAAGGGCAUGUCCAUAUAGCAGGUUAUUUCAGUUUAAGGCAGCUGAACCUGAACUGAAAAUACACAUGCUCCCCUGCAGUUGCACAAGCCUUUUCACCCUAAUUUCUGACUAGUGUUUUCAGUUCAUCGUCCCCCUUUUCUAUGCUACAAAGGCACAUUAACUAACUAACAUUCUGAGAGCAGCUUAUCAUUUUAGGGGACUUCUUCUUUGAGGUAUUUAAAAAUUAUUGAAUCCAAACCAUGAUGCCCUGUAUGAGGGAUCCUCAAUGAAGCCCAGGUUUUUAAAGAGCCUGUAGGAGACCACGUUCUCCUCCUCUAUGAAGCAGUACACUGGGUAGCCCUCAGCAUGGAGUCUCUUGGCCAUGGUGCUGACCAGCACUUUGGCAUAGCCUUGUCCUCUGUGCUCUGGCAGAGUGUACAGCAUCCCCAUGGCACACGACCCAUAGGUCAGGAUCCAGGACGGGCUUUCCCUCUGCAUCCAGCACGCAGCAGGAGGGGAAGUUUGCGAGCAUGUUCCAGAUCAUCCCGACAGCCUCCUCGUUCUUUUCAAACUUCCAUGUCUGAUUCACCAAGCCAAUGUGUGAUUCAUCCAGAGAGCUUAGUGAGAUCCCUGAGCUGAGGCAGAACAGAGCAGAAUCAUGUUUUAUUAAUGAACUAUUAAACCUAAGAUAAUGGUUUUGUCACACACUAGACACUUAAGAUAUCACUGCAUGGAUAGGCUCUACCUGUCUAUAGAGGGAAGGUUGCAUACAUCCUGAAGUAUCAUCCUGUGACACACUGCCACUUUGCUGCUGGGCACGUCUUUGAAUAUAUCCAUGUGGCGAAGGCUGAUUCCUUCGACAGAAGUAAUGAAGUUAUAUUUUUCAAUGGAAAAGCUAUUAACAAAUGUGUGAAGCUGAGUUUGGUAUUUGUAUUUUCUUUUGAGUCCUGAGAAAAUGUAUUUAAACAGGAUUAAAGAUUCAAGUUAUUCAAUUUGUCAGAAGUGAUUUGCUUUGAAAACCAUGAAGGUUGCACAUUUUGAUGUAUUUGGAAGACAAAAAAAAAAAAAUCACAAAGUUGCUCUGAUAUUUUGGACCAAGCAGUUAGUUAAUAAAUAUGUUUUCCCUCA